GACUUGAAAAUGAGCCAAAUUGAUGAGAACAUUCGCUACGGCGGAGCUGCCAACGAAACCGAUGGCGAGGAUGCCCAACGAAAAGCCCAAGAACGCGAAGCCAAAAAGGCCGAGGUGCGCAAGCGCCUUGAAGAAGCAGGACAAAAGAAACAGAAGAAAGGAUUUUUGACUCCAGAAAGAAAGAAGAAGCUCCGCAAGCUUCUUAUGAACAAGGCUGCUGAGGAUCUUAAGACACAGCAAUUGCGGAAGGAACAAGAAAGAGUCAAGGUCCUUGCUGAAAGAACCGUUGCUCUUCCAAAUGUUGACAGCAUUGAUGAUCACGCUAAGCUCGAGGCUAUCUACAAUGAUUUGUUCUCCCGCCUCUGCAACUUGGAGGAAGAGAAAUAUGAUAUCAACCACAUCACCACAGAGACUGAAACUACAAUUAAUCAACUCAACAUUGAGGUUAACGAUCUUCGUGGAAAAUUCGUAAAACCAUCAUUGAAGAAGGUGUCCAAGUAUGACAACAAGUUCAAGAAGAUGGCUGAAGCCAAGAAGGAAGAUGGAAGCAAGAACUUGAGAAAUAAUCUCAAGACAGUAAAGAAAGAGAGCGUCUUCACUCAAAUUGCCAACAAGAAGAAAUCUGACAAGCCAGAAUGGUCCAAGAAGAAGGAAGAGAAGAAGGAAGAAAGCGCCCCAGAACCAGUUAUUGAGCCAGUUGAGGAAGAAGAAACUGCUGCUUCUGAGGGAGAAGAAGAAGAAGAAGAAGCCGACGAGGAAUAAAUACCGGCAUUGUUGUCAUUAUCUUGUUCACUGAAUCUAACUAAUCAUUCUCGCGUAUAAUACAUUUCAUCAAUUCAAUUUAUGUGCCUUUUGAGUUUGAGUAUUCUUAAAAUUUUGUGCAUGUAAAAGGUAUUUGGCCCUUUUUUAUAAAUCUUCAUUUGUUUUGUUCUGCCGUUAUACUGUUUCAAAAUUUCCAGUAUACAUUCUUUGUAUUCUUUCAGUAAUAUUCCAUCUUAUUCUUUUCUGCAUAUUCGCAAUAAAUGAAGUUAUCACC